AAUACAUACGAAACGAAUAUGAGUCAUCUUUAAACUCAAUAGCAGAACGUAGAAAUUGAAAUACCAAAAACAUUUUAAAGCAUACUUUCCAUACGACAAAGAGCAAAACUAGAUACAUACACAAUUUUUCAAUUGAUAACAAAAACAAAAAAUGAAUGGUGUCGAGAGAAUGAGAGACGAUCUUUGCACUUAGCACAAAAAUGAGCAUGAUUUAGCCAGCAAAGAGAGAGAAGACAUGUUGUGGAAUUUUGUAUAAAAAUUGGUUGUGAAAAUUGAAUUGUGUAAAACAGAAUUUUCUGGCGUGAUCUGUGGCCUCAGUUGCAUUUUAACUACACAACUUGACAGAGUCGGAAUAAAAGGUUGCUGCUGUUGCUGAUUUUGAAUAAUUUUGAAUAGAUAAUUUGUAUAAAUCCAACGGAAGUAAAACGUGUGUUGUUGUCAUCGGCAUUUGCCCACUUUUUUGGCUCGUCUUGGUUUUGAAUGGUACCACUUGUGCUGAUUGCGUUGUGACGUACCAGCCAGCCAGUGCAACGAUCAUUUGGGAUUCCAAUACACACACACACACACACACACACUUUACCCCUUUUUUAACAUUACCAUUGAUAAAUAUCAAAGUCACAACAAAUUUGAUAAAAUACAAAACGAAACGGAAUAAAGAAAAGCCAUAAACACUUGCCGGUUGUGAUUGAUUUGUUUGAAUGGAAAAGCGGAUGUUCUAUUUGUUAUAAUUGUUAUUAACAUUAUUGUGCCUUCUUGGCUUUACGGAGAGAAAAACAAUAACGAAACAGCUGACAGAGCACUUGGUGGCAAUAGGCAUGGUACAAUCUGAUCUGCCUCACAAAUAAAGUUCUGCCUGGCCACAGCCAGCCAUACAACAAUUAUUUUUUUAAGACGGGUUUUGUUGUUGUUAUUGCUUAUAUGGUUUAACUGCGUCGACAGUGGGCAUGGACAAGAGUCAACGCACAUAACCUAACGUGCUCGAUCGCACUGCAUUGUGGGUACUGGGUUAAGCAGCGGCGCUCAGUAAUCUUGGCGUCGAUUCAAAAUUUGAUUCCAGCAAGCAGCCCGCUCUCCAGUUGCUGUCAAUGGCACAUUUUGGAAUCGGAAACUGGUUUUGAAUUUUCGAAAACAAGUUAACCCGGUUUUUGCAUAUCCAACCCGUAUCUCACAGCUCUGUUUUAGUUAGACUUGUUUCAAAUAUCAACUUUUAUUUGAUGAUAGUGGCUGUUGUUUAUUUUUUUGCCAUCAGCACGUCUUAACCACAUCGGCCAGCAGCAACAGCAGACUGUUAAGUCAGUCCGUACGUUCAUCUAAUAUGGCUCAGGACUACAAUAUUGAUAGCUAUAUAGACGUUGAUAAUACCGUCGUACAACCCAGCCCACAACGUGUGCGCAACAUAUUGACGCUCGAGGAAAAAGUAGCAGCAAUUAAAGCGUAUAACCAGCGACCAAUGUACACUCGGGUUGCUCGCAUGUUCAAUUGCAGCUGGGAGCAGAUUAAGAACAUUAUAACAAAUCGUGAUGCCAUUAUGGAAUUCUAUGAGGCAACAACAAAACAGGAAGAAAUGCCAAUGGACUUGAAGCAGAGGAAAGCGCAAUUUUUAAACGAAUGCGUUUACGAGUUGAUACAAAGGAUUCAAUAUCACAUGAAGUUGCCCGUAACCGAGGAAUUGAUACGUCUAAAAGCAUUGGAGUUCCAAGAUUAUAUAAAACUCGAGGACUUUACACCCCACAAGAAAUGGCUAAAUGGUUUCAAAUGCACAUACAACAUUUCGUUGGCGAAUAAACAUAUCGUUUUGAAUCGUAUACCACCCGCCUCAAUGGACCUCAAAGAUGUCAUGGCUUAUUGCACAAAAAAUUCCUGUUCCCAUGUACCAUUGUACAUAAAAGAUCUGAAGCAAAAGUAUAGCAGUUUGGAUGAAAAAACACCAGAAUAUGAACAUCGUCGUGUUAGAAAGUUACACUUCCUGCAGAAAGCCCUAAACGAAUAUUUACACAGGGCCAAGUUUCAUUACAAGUCAAUGAAAUUAGACGACAAGGCGUUACAAAAGGUGGCACAAGAAUUCAAUGACAUCCUAAAGGUACAUGACUUCCAUCCCACCCUAUCGUGGAUAAGAAAAUUCAGACAUCGACACGAUAACUCCCAAGAGAAGGGUCCAAUAAACGGUAAAAUACCUUUGCUGUCGUUAGAUUUAAAAGACAUCAUCAGCUAUUGCAGUCGUAUGAACAAUAACAGUAAGACAUGUUCCAUUACACUGACACCAAAGGAACCACCCAAUGCCAUGGCUAUGCAAAUGCGUUUAUUACCAAAGUAUGCCGGAAACACGGCCGAUUCAAAAAUUAAGUUACAAAGGGGUUCGAUUAUCUAUUUGGACGAGGAAGAGGAAGAAAAGGACGUUAAACCGCCGAUCAAUGAAAUCAGGAUGGAGCAAGUCAAAGAGCCCGAUCCAUCGCCGCCCUUGAAAAUACGAAAAAUAGAAUCAAUAAACAAUGAUCCGGUUCUACAACAAGAAUUGCAGCAAGAGAAAAGGGCAGAAACACAAUGUAAUACGAUCAUAAAAUUGGAAAGGCAAGAAACAGGAGACGAAGAAGAAGAGGGUGGCGGCACAAGCAAUAUUCCCAAAGCUUCAUCAUCAGUUACCACCCACAGAACGGUAAUAACUUCAACGGAAAGUGUUUUACAGCAGCACACAAACAACUCUGCAAUUCAAUUAUUAUCGCCUGCUUCAAAGUCACAACCACCCACCCACGUCGAAGAGGACUCGGAAUUGCCACGUCAAAUAAAUAAUUUUAAAGAUGUGUUGCGCUUGCUUAGACCACUGGAGGAAUAUGCAAUGCUCAAAGAGAAUUAUCGUGCAAUUGGACUUAUAACCCAAUUGGAGGAAGUUUUGAAAAAUUCCGAUGACAAUCCCACGGAAGAAGAUUUCAAUACGUAAUAUUAAAGGAAGAGUGGGGAGAAGGAAAAUAUAAGAAGCACCACCAAAUUAGAAACACAAUGUGUUACUGAAUAACCAUAUUUAUAUAUAUGGAGUUGGCAUAUGGCUAUAACUUACCACAAGUAGAGUGUAUGCCAAUGUGCCCAUGGAUAGGACAAAUAAUUAAGUAACAUAGUUCAUAAGUUCAGCUAAAAUUGUAAAAAAUGUUUGGGUGUUACUGGAGAAGGUCUGAGUGUAUUGAAUUUUUCUAGAGCGGACUUCCAGUAACAGCAAGCUCAAGGCAUAUAUAUUGUGCUGGACUUAAUACCUCUAACCAUAAUUGUUUUGUAAAAUACAUUUAUAUCCAAAUAUAAGUCUAGUAAGUAGUUACAGUAAAAGGAUAUAAAGUUCCUUUUUAUAGCUGCGUAAGAAAAUUAAUAAAGAAAAUGUAUUUGAAAUAUGAAA